UUUAGCUUAAUUUGGGAAAAGCCCGACGAGAGAGAGAGAGAGAGAGAAAAAAGUGUGCUUGCAGAUAUGUCUGUCGUCGCCGGUGCCGGUCUCGGUCUCAUCUCAUUGACAAAUGCUGAUAUGGGUGUCUCUGUCUGUGAGAGGAAUGGAUUUUGGGUUCAAAAUUGUUGCCACAACUCAUCUUUGUCUUCUGGGUUUGGGUUUGGGUUUUCUAUUCCUCCAAGACCUACUUUUGGUGUCACUUUAGCCACCAAGAAGCUGAAGCAAAGUUGGAUUUUUGGUUUGAGGACGCCUAGUAGUAGUGGCAGGUCAAUCCAUGUUCUGUUGAAAGCAGAGUCUACCAAUCGGUCGGUUGAUGGUGAGAUUAUCAAGAAAGAGUUGGAAUUCAAGCCAUCGUUUGAGGACUACUUGAAGGCUAUGGAGUCUGUUAGAACUGGCAGAGAUAAUAAACAAACACAUAAUAGUAUCAAAAGAUACAAGCCAACGAAUGCUGACAGUAGCAAGUUAGGAGAUUUUCAAGGGCAUACCCAAGAAGAGCAUGCCAGUGGUCAAAUUGAUUGUAAGGAGAGAGGAAUUAGAAAAUUAAAGGAUGCGAAUUUGACGAUUGGGUUUGAAGAGAAAGGUAAUGCAGGGAGGGUUCGAGAUGAAUUGGACGGAAGAGAAAGCAAAAUUGAUUUAAAUAUUGAUAACAAGUUGGAUAUGGAUGAAAAAAAAUGGAGAUCGGAAAAAAAGAGGACUAACAGUAUCAGUGUACAACAGAGACAGAAGAAUAGUGGAGUGGAAGGGCACAGAUUUAAGGCUGAUAAAGCUAGUCUUAAAGGCACCAAAAUGGGUAUAGGAGUGGAGAGAAAUUGCAUUCAAGUUGAAGCUGUUCCUCAUGAAAGAAUAUCAGUGAACAAUGUGAAGUUUACAAGGAGGAAUAAGCCUAUAGCUGAGAAAAGCAAUGAUGAACAAGUGGAGUUGGAAAGAGCUGCUUUCAAGUCACUAGAAGAAUUCAAUGAUAUCGUGGACAAGCCACGACUUUCUCGGAAUGAAAUGGAGGAGAGGAUCCAAAAGCUAGCUAGGUGUUUGAAUGGUGCGGACAUUGAUAUGCCCGAGUGGAUGUUCUCUAAAAUGAUGCGAAGUGCAAAAAUCAGAUUCUCAGAUCAUUCUAUGUUGAGGAUUAUCCAGAUAUUGGGUAAACUAGGGAACUGGAGGCGGGUGCUUCAACUUAUUGAGUGGCUUCAAUUGCGUGAUCGGUUCAAAUCUCACAAGUUAAGAUACAUUUACACAGCUGCACUUGACGCACUGGGCAAGGCAAAGAGACCAGUUGAAGCACUGAAUUUAUUUCAUGCAAUGCAGCAACACAUGUCCACAUAUCCCGACCUUGUAGCUUAUCAUUUUAUUGCUGUCACUCUUGGACAAGCGGGACAUAUGAGGGAACUGUUUGAGGUGAUCGAUAGUAUGCGCUCUCCUCCCAACAAGAAGUUUAGGACUGGGGUUCUUGAUAAGUGGGAUCCCCGAUUGGAACCAGAUAUCGUUGUCUACAAUGCUGUCCUAAAUGCUUGUGUGCGGCGGAAGCAAUGGGAGGGUGCAUUUUGGGUAUUGCAACAGUUAAAGGAACAAGGCCAACGGCCUUCUAGUGUAACAUAUGGACUUGUCAUGGAGGACCUUAUUGCGAGGAAGAAGAUUGACAGUGGUAGUGAGGAACAUGGUCUCCACAUUCUAGAUCAGACAAACAAGCUGGCUCAUUCAUCUAUUCAGUUACCAUCCACCAAGGAAGACCUUUGGUUAUGGCACCGUUGCUUAGAACAUCUCUCCUCUUUACUA